UUCUCACAGUUUGAAAAACAUCCAUGGAAAGAGUCUGUAAAACAUUUGCUUUACUAUACUCUUCGCGGUAACAGUACUCUACUACGACGUACUAACGUGUUACAACUAAAUAUUUCCCUUAUAUCAGCGAAAGUUGAAAGGAUGAAUUUUUUGGAAAUUAUUUGCUCAAAUGUUAUUGUACUCAUUCAUCACUGUAUUGAUAAAGUGGAGGGCAGAACCCUAUUUACACAUGACGAGACUUACUACGAGUAUGUGCCAGAUCGGCAACAAUGGCAUGCUGCUCACAGACUCUGCCAUCAGCGUUCAGGGACCCUAGCGGCGGCAUCCAGUGCUGAAGAGAUCCGAAACCUCACAAGUUUUCUAUGGUCUCUCAACAUCACCCAGCCUGUAUGGAUUGAAAGAGCAGACAUUUCCAAAAUAAGCAGCCCUCCAGACAUGUACAUGUUGGAGUUUCCGGUGCGUCCUCACCGAAAAUCGGCUCGCCUGCGCCACAAGUUCCCUAACAUGGAGGCGCUGACUGUUUGCACUUACCUCCAGUUUGAACCUACUUGCCAUGGACUUUCCACUGUUUUCUCAUAUUCCAUAAUGUCGUUCAUUAAUGAGUUCCAACUCCAAGCACAAAUUGUGGAGAACAAACCCAUCCAGCUUGCACUGCUGGUGCAUGGUUCGAAAACUACCUACGUAUCAGCCUUUGCCAACGAUGCUUUCUGGCACUUUUUAUGUGUGAGCUGGGACGGGAAUACUGGCAAAUGGACCAUCUGGGCGGAUGGAACAAAUGUGGGUUCUGAGAGUUCCCUCAACUCAUCAAGCCAUAUCGAGGGCAAUGGCCUAUUCAUCAUUGGACAAGAGCAAGACACGUUUGGAGGCUACAAAAAUGAUAAGGCGCUCUGCGGGAACAUUACGCAGCUGUACAUGUGGGAUCGUGUUUUGGCCGACAGUGAAAUUCGAAGCAUGGAAAAAAUUUGUUCACCCAUUCCUUCUGGCCUGUUCUUCAAAUGGAGUGAGUCUGUACUGGAAAUAGAGACCUCUCUACAGACACGUAGGGGGAACUCGCCAUGUCAAGGUAUCAAAAGUCAACCACCAGACCAACUUAUCAUCCCUUGGUUGGGUCCAAGUUUGCCUCAAAAGUUUUCUUCUGAAGAUGACUUAAUUUCUAACAAUGAGGCCUGUGUUGCCUUUCACACUGCAAGUGGGAAAUGGAAUUAUGACAUUUGUACGAUACGUAGGGGAAGUGUUUGCCUGUUCCACAAAGAGAACUCAUUUGGUUUUCCUGGGACCCUGUUCUUCACACAAGUCAGCAAUGAGUUCAAUUCCAAACCUGACACUGUGAAUAAAAAUGUAACUUUAUUCCCAGCAAAUGAACUUAAUCGCAGUAGCGCUCUCUUGAGUACCAUUUUGAGAGUUAUGGACAGCAAUGUCAAUAUAAUCACACAUUCUGAUCUUAUGUACCUCAUUGAAACCAUCAAGAAGGCAUCAGCCACUCAACACAAUGAAAUAGCUGUUCCUUCUGAGGUCUUCAUGUCCAUUAUCAGCAAUUGCUUGGAAUUAGCCUGCAGACUCAUUGACCCUGAUAUGGCCCAACAGUGGAAGGAUUUGAAAGCACAUGGGAAUUACCACGGACCAUUGACAGUUGUAGAGAGCAUUGACAAGCUGCUGUGGACACUGGCGGAUUCACUCUGGCCCGAACGCAAAAGCUACACAAUGUCAACAAAGUACAUUGGUGUUCAUCUGGAGCCACGGAAGUUGUCACAGAUGAGCUGCAGUUGUAUGUACAAGCCCUCAGUCCAUGGCAGCCAGUUCAACAGCCAUGAUGAGAUCCUUGUCCCAGAGACUGAAGUGCAAAGAAUCUUCUCUCUUGGCCAUGAGGAAGUGAUGUUUAUUCAUACCUACUACAGCCAUCUAUUAGAGAUGUUGUCCAGACUGGAGGUGAACACCCCUGCUGAUCAAAAGGCAGACAGCAAGAGUCGUCACACUGGUCAGCUAGCCACGGCGGUUAUAUCAGCUACAGUGCGAGAUGUUUCCAGGGCAGAGAAUGUUCCUGUCUCUGUCCAGUACACCUUGUCCACUGGGAUUAUGAAUGAGGACUCCAAACGAGUCACACCUGUUUGUGUGUUUUGGAAUGUUAGUUACAUGGCUGGUCACACAAGUGAUUGGUCAAAUAAAGGAUGCAGAGUGUUGCCUUCUGCUCCUGAUGUCACUUCCUGCCUCUGCAACCACACCACAAACUUUGCUGUCCUUAUGAAUUAUAUGGAGCCCAGGUGGAGCACCGAACAGGAGAACAUUUUGACGAAGCUGACAUUUAUCGGAUCCGGAGCCUCUCUCUGUGCAUUGGUGGUGACCUUGAUGCUGUUUACCGUGUUGGACAUCCCGAAAUCAGAACGGACAUCAGUUCAUAAGAAUCUUUUUGUAUCUUUGACCUUCGCCCAAAUUGCCCUUCUUUGCAGCGGUUCUGCCAUUCAUAACAAGGUGGCCUGCAUGCUUGUGGCAGCUCUGAUGCAUUUGUUCUUCAUGGCAGCAUUCAGCUGGAUGCUGGUCGAGGGCCUGCUGCUCUGGAGCAAAGUAGUGAGCGUUAAUUUGAGCGAGGACCGCCACAUGAAAUACUACUACCUGAUUGGCUGGGGUCUGCCUGUGCUCAUAGUCACCAUCACACUGGCCUCUGCUUCUGGGAAAUAUUCCGCAGACGGCCACUGUUGGCUCAGCGUUCAGAACGGUGUAAUAUGGGGCUUUGCCGGCCCGGUCAUCUUCAUCAUUAUGGUGAAUAUCAUGAUUCUGACCCGUGUGGUGGUCAUCACUAUCACCACGGCCAAGAGAAGAUCUUUGAUGAUGACCCUGAACAGCAGCCCAGAAGAGCAAGUCUCUGAGCAGAUAAGGGUGGCAGUGAAAGCUGUGCUGGUUUUGUUACCGAUUCUGGGCCUGACCUGGCUGUGUGGAGUUCUGGUGCCUUUCUCCGUGGCUAUAGCUUACAUCUUCUGCUUCCUCAACUCAUUGCAGGGUCUCUUCAUCUUCCUGAUAUAUGGCGUGUACAACACUGAGGUUCGAAACACAGUCAACAGAAUCAAAGAAAGAAGAAAAGCCUUAAAUUUCUCAAAUUGCGCCAGUUCCAGACCGUCCAGUUCAGUGGGCAGUUCUCGGCCGGGCAGCUCUCCUGUACCAGGGGCUCUGGAUGGACACAUAGUCAACACCAGCCAAUCCAGCAGCUCUUCGACCCACAGCGACAGCGGCAUUCAGAGUUGCAGCAAAACGAGGUAUCUGUCGCUCCUCUGUGUGCAUGACAACCUGAAUGAAGACUCCCAAAGUCCUGACACUAGUGUCCACCUAACUGAACAGGUGCAUUUAACGAAACCUAAAGGCAGCGUGCCAAAUGAAUGCAAUCUGAACGUGCCCAUGGAAGCCGAGCUGAUAUCUCACCAUUCACUCCAUUCACCUCCACAGCAAAAUGUUGACAUGUAUCUUCAUUGAAACUGUUCUUCUCGUCUCGUGUUUGCCAAAGUGAAGUUUGUUUGUCUGUAUAUUGACCUCAGUGUAAACAAUUUCUUAUAUGUUUCAAUAUAUUGUUUGUGUACAUUUGUAAUUUAUCUCUGAGACCAGAUUCCAUCACAUGUAGAAUGUUUUGAAAAACUACGAUCUUAUACUGUUCUUUUUUCUGAAUGUCUAACCUUAGAUGCUCCUUUUUUUUAAGUUUAAGCGUGAAUAAUUUAAAGAAUUAAAGGGUAACACUUCAGAAUAAAUUUGUAUUCGUUAACAUUAACUAAAUAUGAACAGUACUUUAACAGCAUUUAUUAAUCUUGGUUAAUAUUAAUUUGAACAUACUAAUAUGUUUUGUGGCAUAAUGUUGAUUACCACAAAGAAUAAAUUCGACCCAUCCCUUACAGUGAGGCACUUAUAAUGGAAGUGAAUGGGGCUACAUUUUGGAGGGUUUAAAUGCAGAAAUGUGAAGCUUAUAAUUUUAUAAAAGCACUUACAUUAAUUCUUCUGUUAAAACUCAUGUAUUAUUUGAGCUUGUUUAAAUUGUCAUUUUUACAGUCAUUUUAGGGUUUAUGCUGUAAUGCCAUCAUGGCAAUGAUGUAACUUUACACAGAAAAGGUUACUAAGUGAUUUUAUCACACUAAAAUCAUGUUAACAUGCAUAUUGUUUACAUCUUGUGGCUAUACAUUUUAAACAGUGAGUAUUUUAACGUUUACAGAUUGGCACCAUUCACUUCCAUUGUAAAUGCCUCACUGUAACCUCAAUUGGGGCUUUUUAAAAGUCCAAAUUAAUUGAAUUGGUAACUAACAUUAUAACCACAAAUGCUGUCGAUUUAGUUAACUUGUAUUGAACCCAGAAUAUUCCUUUAAAAGUAUUUUCUAACCUAGAUAAAAUCAGCCGAAAGCCGUUUUAAAGGCGUAGUAAAUAAUUUGAUGUAAUAAUGACAUUUUAAAAGGCUACGAAGACAAACAUUUUUCUUUGGAAUAACGUGCACUGACAUGUAUCUUCAUUGAAAAAAAAUGUUCGUCUUGUGUUGGUCAAAUGAAGAGGAACUAACAAUAAACAAUACUUUAACAGCACUUAUUAACCUUGGUUAAUGUUAAAGCUAAAACGUAAACCAUUUUUUUAUUAUUAAAAGUUGUAUACAUUAACAUUAGUUAAUGCAUUAUGAAUUAACAUGAACUAACAAUGAACAGUUGUGUUUUUAUAAAUUAACAUUAACCAAGUUUAAUAAAUGCUGUUCAAAAUAUUGCACAUUGUUAGGUCAUGAUACAGUUCUUAAUGCAUUUAAUAAUAUUAAUAAAUAGAUCCUUACUCUAAAGUGUUACCAAUUAAAGCAUGCUUUAGACUGUAAUAGUCUGAUUGUUCUAAAUUCUGUUUAGUCUUUCUUUAUAAUUCACUAUCAAAUAAAGUUUGGACACACAGGCUUAUGUGACUUAUGUGAAAUGAUUGAUAUUUAUAUAAAUUGUGCCUAUGUAUGUAUUUCUUUACAAUAUGAAAAUGUUAAAUGAAAAAGUUUUUUUUUUUAUUAUUAUUAUUUUUUAUUUUUUUUGGACUACACUGGUAUUGUAUAUCUGAUCGAGGGUGUAGCAGCAUCAGGUAUGUGUUUUUAAAAUGUACCUGGCAUAAUCUUUCCAUGUUAAUAUUAGUGUGAUCUUGUUACAUGUUAGAUGCCUGCUGUUUACUGAUUUACUGUUUAUGGAUUAUUCUAGAUCAUUGCAAGAGAUGAAAAUGACAAGAAGCCUGUCGGCUUAAUAGUCAUUUAUUAAAAUAUGAUGGAAAGAUUCCAAGAGCUUGUAUGGAAACUUUUUAUGGCAAGAGGUGACAUCAGAAAUUGCGGGUCUGACUGUGGCUUUCAGCGCACAAAAUAAGAGAAUCCGAAUCCAAACGUUCAGGCAGGUAAGCAGAAAUCCAAGGGAGCUGCAGAACUUUAGUGGUGGGGAAUGAGAGAGCACUGGAUUCAUAAAGAUUGUCAGUCUGAUCACAUACAAUACAGUAGAGAAUCACAAAACGAAGCAAAGACAGAGGAAAAAUACAAAUCAGUCGCCUUAGAAUAGAUAAAGAAGUUUGUGGCCUUAUGUACAAAUGGGCCGGUGGAAGAGUCCUUCAUUUAGAUGCCAUGCAGCAAUGAUUAAAGCAGUUUUGUGCUUGUACAAAAUACUUUUUACACCAUUAUAGUGUGAAAGAAUCAUUUUACAUUGAUCUGGGAGCAGGUUUGUAACAUGUCAAAAAUAUGUUUGUUGAUUUCAUGUCCUUUCAAGGUACAAAUAAACCCAUAUGGGAUGUUAAGUCACCAUGAUGAACAUUUUUACUAUAAAGUCAUAAUUGGGUCUGUAAAUCAACACUCUUAUAAUGUUUAGCUUCAGGUAUGCUACAGCAGUUACCCAAGCACUCUUUUUUUACUGUGAUUUGUAGUCGAAAAUAGCCAUGUUGUGAUUCUUUAAAGGCUCUGCAUUAAUAUUAUUACAAAUUGACCUCCACAUUUUUUUAAAGCCAACAUUAAACAGAAUUGUCUACCCAUUUUUUUUCCAUAAUGCAACUUAUUUCCAAAUGGGAAAAAAUUAAACAAGAAAAA